ACUUGAAUUUUUCUUGAAUUUUUAGUUAAGUGAGAAGUAGGAAGAAAAGGAGGAAAAGGAGAAGAGUUGAGGAUGGUGAUGAUCCAUGUGAAAUCCGAAGGAGACGAAGAGAAGCAGUUCCUCUACGACUGUCUCGGAUCUUCCACCAUCGACGAGAUCGCCCAUGGCUUGCUUGACAUCGCCGAUCUCCAGUCCCAUAUCCUAACCCUCUCUCUCCACCUCCGCCGUCAUCUCCUCACCGAUCACCUCCGAGAAAGCUAUCCGGAUUUUAGUGUUUCUCUUGAUCGAACUCUCUCUGAAGCCCAGGCGUAUGCUUCCAAGGAACAGGUUUUGCACAAGCGGGCAUUGUCUUCUCGUCUUCUCAAAGAUCAUAUUCAUUGCAUUGAAAGAGAGGUUCAAGCUGCUCGCUUGAUGGGUUUGUUAGAUGCCAGCCUCCCGCAGCUCUUAACGGUUGGCAAUCUAUCAAAGGGUACAAAACUAUGGUGGGCGGGGAAAGAACUAUCUCGGGGGAAAAAAGAUUAAGUGAAUAUAUUGGGAACAAUGAGAAAACAAAGAUUGUAGUUACAUUGGAAACCAGCCCAUUGAAGUUCAUGACAUCUCACAGAGUCCUGGUCUCUCUGCAGAGAUUCUAGAUGAAGACAAUGAGCCAAAGCCAACAUCACUCACACUCUUUCUCCCACAAACCAGCUUCUGAGACAUCUUGCAGUAGUCUAUAGCCCCUUCAAUGGAGCUCUCCACCUCUGAAUGCACACUACUGCUUCUUCUCAACAAGUGUGGCCCAGAGAAUCCAUUUGAAGAAGAUGAUGAUGAUGAUGAAGAAGUAGAAGAAGAAGCAGACAUUAUAGAGUUGUUGUUAUGCAAGCUUUUCUUAAAAGUAACGGAGAAAGACCGGCGAUGAUCACUGGAGGAAUCUUGUUCAUUGUCCUUGGCCUUAGAAUCCAUCAUCAUCAUGCAUGGCUCCUGUGAAGGACAUUUUGGUUUGGUGAAGAGAGACUUGAUGUAAGCUCUAGAGCCUUGAGCUUUGAAGUUAACUUGAGCUUCCUUGCCCAUGAUUUCUUCUGGUGAGGUUGAACAAAUCCAUUUGAGCAUUCAAAGAAGUAGUCAUCAGGAUUCAGCUCACCACUGACGUAACAAGAAGUUGCCGGAGAGAUGUUGCAGGACUCAAAUGGAGUGCUUGUUGCUGUUUGAUUACUGAACUCUGUUUCAGAGUUUCCGAGGAGUUUCUGUACCAUUUGCAAGCGAGGUGGAAGAUGAAGUGGGAGGAGGUUUCCUUUGUAAAAAAGCUCAUCUGCAGGAGAAGUUAGAGCUUCUCUUUGUGGUGUGUUAAUGGACAUUUGAAACUCAAACUCUCUCUGGUGUGGUGGUGAUGCUGCUGCUGCUUCUGAUGAUGAGGUGUUGUUAAAGGAGAGGAAGCUGGUAGUGGUGGUGGAGGAGGAGCUAAUGUCCAUGUCUAUGAAGUCUUCCUCCAUUAAUAACUGCUCAUUGGAAAGGAUGAUGAUGUUGUUGUUGCUGUUCACUGCCAUGCCUUGUGUGUUGUUGUUUCUUUUGUUUACUCACAAUGUGGGUGUGGGUGUAUGUGUGGUUGUGUAUGAGAAGGGAGAAGGAUGGGGGUGUGGGGAUGUUUUAAAAGCAGUGGGAAGGGCUUUGUAUGUAUGUGAAGGAGAGUUGCUUUGAGAUUUGUAUACUAUUCUGAUGUAAGAGUAGAAAUGAAGUAUAAUGAUCUUGUAAUUUAUAGCAAGCUUACAAUAAACUUCUUUGUUCUAAACUAA